UGGGUAUUAUACGCGACGAAAAUUUCAGAAUAUUUAAAGUACUAGCCAAUAUACUAUACUAAAUUAAAUAUUUAAAAGCACAAUAAAAAGGCCUACCGCACAACCAUCAUUUAACGUGUGAGUAGUUUGAAACAAGAAUAAUGCAACAUGGCAAUUUAUUAAUAGCAUUCAAAGAUAUUGAAAGUAGAAAAGGCUAAAGCGUUUCCGUGUUUCUUCUACUGUUUUGAUGUGGAGGGCAUGUAUUUUUGUUUAGUCGCCGUGACUUAAUUUUUGGUAAAGGGCUAAAUUUAUAGCUACCCUGCUACCCCUCUCACUUGCCAUCUAUUGAUUUUUGUAUAGUACAGUAUACACUAUAACUAUAUAUCUAUACCUACACUGUACUAGUAGUGUACAUUGACAUUCAAAUUGGUAAAAGUGCAGUUCAGGUGCGUAUAUUAUUUCUUAACGCAUUUCGUAUUUUAAAUUUUUUUUAUCAUUACGUGUAUUCUUUAAUAAUUAAAUCUUUUCUUUUUCUUUUACUUCUAAAGAGUCUUUAAACAUCCCCCAACCAAAGUGAGAAAGCCCCAUUUGUUUGUAUUUUUCUUUUCACCCUAUGCCAGAUUUUUAGCCACCUAUGAGCUAGUAUGCUAAACGAAAUUUUCAAACUGUAAGCAUAUUCACAAAAAAGAAUGAAAUACUAGAUUUUUUAUUACGCGCAAGCCCCCCCCCCAACUUUCUUUUUUUUUUCUCUCAGAGCGCUCGGAAUAUAGGGGUUGUCCUUUGAAGUCGGGGGAUUAGAAGUGGAUCACUGAGUAAGGCAGUGGACACACUUGACUUAGUAAAUGACUAGAACUUAUUUUAUUAACAGCUACAGUCAAAGUUUAUUCUAAUAAUACAUGUUGAUUUGUAAAACAAGACUACAAACUUAAAAUAAAUGACAUGCUGAUUGUUUUGUCAUACUCAUAGGAAUAAUAUAAUAUAUGGUAUACAUAUGUAGAAAAUGGUAAAAUAAAAAGUGUAAUUGUCAAUUUUAAACAAAUAAAAUAAAUAAUCCCUUUAUUAUUUGUUUAUGCUUAUAAAUGCUAAACAAUUCCCCAGAAAAUCUGCAAUUAAUAUCUAAAAAAUAUUAUUAUUAUUAUGAUUUUUGUGAAAUUAAAAACAAAAUUAAAACAAAAUUUUAAUUAAUUAUUACAAAUAAGUGACGAGUCAGCAUUUUUAUACAUUUUUUAAGAGGCAAAUAAUAAAGUUUUUUUUUUAAAUAUUUGCGGCACAUUAACAAAAAUUAACCUAUAUUUUGUGGCUUUAUUUAGAAGUACUCUUAUUUAACUAUGUUCCCUGUAAAUAUUAUAUUUUUGUCUCAUUUUUUAAUAAAGUUAUAGGCGUUAAAAAAAAAGCAAAAUGAGGGUCACAAAAUGUUGAGGAAAAUCCCAUAGUAAUAAAGUGGUUUUGAGGUCCCUACUAAAAAAUUCAUAACUUUUGAACCACUUGAGCUAGAAAGUUGAUCUUGGUGUUUUUGUAAUCUAUUCUCCAGGCUCUAUACAGCUGUAGUAUUUUUAUAUUUUUAUCUACUAAAAAAUUCAUAACUUUUGAACCACUUGAGCUAGAAAGUUGAUCUUGGUGUUUUUGUAAUCUAUUCUCCAGGCUCUAUACAGCUGUAGUAUUUUUAUAUUUUUAAAAAUGUUUUGAAAUUUUCAUCAAAGUGGCUACAAUUAGGUACUACUUUUAGGGUCAAUACAAAAAGAUAUCUGUGUGUUACGUCACAGUGCCAUCUCUUUGCAAUUACCACUUUUGGUAAUCUGCUAUUUCCAGCGUCGGAUAUGAAAAAAUAGUGUUGUUCCUGUUUGAAGUGCCAUUUAAAGGGUUAUUCUUUUAUUGAAGUCCAUUAAUAUUACAGUGGAGAGGGUCACUGGGUUUUUGGAAACAUAAAAAGAGAGAGUUAGUGCUGCUUUCUUAUACUUAUUGAAGUGCCACAUCGACGUGUGAUCACGUUACAGGAGGACAUAGUGAGAUAUAUCCAUCCAGGCUCACUUAUUGUAUCAAACCCUGACGGAUGGGCGGCUUAUACAAACAUAAACGAGAUCAGAAUUUAUGAACACUCCGUUGUUCCACAAAAUUUUGUCAAUCUAAAUAGCGCAGGCGUUCACACAGAGACUUUAGGAUAUAUGUUGCAAAGUUUGGCACAUGCUGCGAUAUUUUCCCUUCAUAUUUGCAUGAAUUCAUGUCUUGCAAUCGUUUUCAUGGAGAUAAUAUAAACUCAAAUUCUGUUUUCUUUUCAUACAUUAAAUUGUUUACAUUUUUCUUUUUGAAAAAUUAGUUAAUUUAAAAAAAAAUUCUGUUUGAAAAAUUAUUAAAUUGUUUCAAUUUUUCUAUUUUAAAAAUGUUGUGUUUUAUAUAUUUGCUGAAAUUAAUAUGUCGCGUCAUAAAAAACAUUUCCAUCAAUUGGGAUCAAUAAAAGAAUUUAAUCUUAUCAAUAAAACAAUAAGUGUUUAAGUAGCAAUGCAAACCAGAAAAACAUGAUUUUUUUUUAUAGCUGACACUCAAGUCAUCUAUCAAAAACAUUCCAGCAGCAUUUUAAUAUAAAAAAAAUAAAAGUUAACUAUAACGACUAAACAAGGGAAGUUCAUUCAAUAUUAGGUCUAUAAAAAACUUAACCCUUAAAUAAAAAGUAAUAUUACUAAUUACCCUACAUAUAUUAUAUUUUUAGAGAUUUUUGUCAUCUUAUUAAUAAUAGAAGAGGUCUAUUUAACGUAAUUGCUUGAAAUUAAAACAUCACCCCUGAAUCAGAUAAUAAAGCAUAUUCAUAAGAUAUACUACGUCUAAUAGUAAAAGCUGAGAUUUUUGUCAUCUUAUUAAUAAUAGAAGAGGUCUAUUUAACGUAAUUGCUUGAAAUUAAAACAUCACCCCUGAAUCAGAUAAUAAAGCAUAUUCAUAAGAUAUACUACGUCUAAUAGUAAAAGCCUGCUAGUAAUACUAAAUAUACUGUUGCCAUUGCCAUGUUGGUACUCUCUUUUUUCCCCAGAUCUUUUCAAAUAGAGGGUGUAAUUAUUUAAGUGUAGCAUGUUCAAUGUUGACUGUUGUUUCUAUCAAUGUAAUUUCUGUUCUCAUUAUCUUUGAUGUGAUGUUCUCUUCUAAUUAUCAUACUUCUUUCAUGUUUCAUUUUCUUGCUGCUUUUACUGCUGUUGACUCUAGUCAUCUAUGUAGUUUCUUUUAAUCUUGCUAAUUCUUUACUACUUUUCUAUCCGGACUACCCUAGCAUGUCUUUUGUUUACCACUGACUUCUUUUCCUUCCUCUCGAGACACUAUAAUUUCAAUAAUUAAUAAAUAAAAUACUAUAGGCUUUGUAUUUGCUAUUUAAUAUAAUGUCAACAAUCAUGAAGUCUAAUGAUAAUAAAUAGUCUUUAAUGAUUGAUUUCUCAGUUAUAGUUUUUUGUUUUACUUAGGCUGUACACUGGAUGAAAACACAAAUGACAUGUUACUCCACCCCACUUCAGGCACAUCCAACUUAUGUCAAUUCUAAUGAAUUUUUUUCUAAACAAUUCACAUCUUCAUAAAAAAGAUUCCGGUUAACAUUUCUUUAAAAUAUAUUACAGUCUAUAAUUAAAAUUAUAUAUCAGUAGCCUACUCUGUUCCUCUUUCAGUAAAAUUAAAUAAAUUUGGACAACUUUUUGGUGAAAUUUAACCAUGAAGAAUUUCCCGAUUAUUGUACUUUCCUGAUUGUGUUGGUCACAAAUCAAUGACUCCACUGUCUACAGUGUAAAACUUAAAAAAUUCACUUAUAUUGAAAUAAUUUUAAUUAAAUACAUUAAACAGAAAAUGAAAGGUUAAAACCUGAAAUUAGUAAUAAAUAGAAAAAGUUAAAGGGAUUGGCAGUUAUCUGACCUUUAGUUGUAGUGUAUUAAAUUUAUAAAGUAAGUACCUACCUUUAAAGAAUUUUGAUAUUUUUGUUGUUUUGUAAAACAGUGUUCUAAUUACAAUACAAGCUGAUGAUUCUAAUUCAAAAAGUCAAGUAUUUCCAUAAAUUAAAUAUUUGUGUUAAAAAUUUUAAAUGUUUAUGAAGUCUUAUGCCAUAACCUUUUUUUAUAUAAGUAAAUUAAUUCAAAUAUUAUUUAUUUACAUGCAGUUUUGAAUUUAUUGCUCACUUAUCCUUAUUAUGUGUAGUUAAGCUCUUAAAUUUUUAUUUUUUAUUUUUUUUUCCAGGUUAUUUAAAAUGGCAAGUCUGAUCUUCUGUAGAAAUGUUGGCCAAUUUUUAACACCACUUCAAAGUCAAGCAUGUUGCAAAACCUUCUCAGUAAUCCAAAUGCAUCAACUUGCUGCAUUAUCGUCACCAAGACUUGUCAGAAAAUCAUACAAUGAACCACCAAAUAGUAAUUUGCUUUACUUUUUUCAUGACACUUCUGUUAGAAAUGUUUCUACAACAUGCAAUCGUCGGCACAAUGACAAAGGCCUCUUUAACUCUUCUUUAACUCAGAAGAAGCAAUUACAGCAGGGUCCAGGAUUGAAUGAUUUUUUAUCAGGCGUUUCACUGCCAUUGCAAGAAAGUGAUGAUGGAACAGACAUUGUAUUAGAAGAUGAAUCUUACCUUGGGGCCCAUCAUUUCCAAGGCUAUAAUAGAAAAGGUUAGUCAAGUCAACAACAUUUGUUAAGCUUUCCAAAUGCCAAGGAAUCGGUUGUAGGUAUUUUAAGGAAAAAAAAGUUUUUAGAGAACGGCCAGGUAUGUGCAAAACUUAUGGGUUGUGGGUUGGCAAGCAGGUUAACUUGCAGACUGAACUGUUUAAAAAAAAAAAAAUUCCUUUCAAAGUAAAAAUAUGAAACUUUUGAAAUAUUAAUUCAUUUUCAGGUUAACUGGUUAAUAGUAAUUAUUUUAUAAAUGUUACAGAAUUUUACUAGUCUUAUAGGCCUUUAUUUCUGGCUGCAUUUGCCGAAACGUUUACUUGAGUAUUAUGUAAAAUUAUUAUUAAAGCUUAACAUAUAUUGUUUUAUUGACACAAAUUGUUCGUGUCUAAUUAAUUUAUUGCACAUAAUGAAAAAAAAAAAUAAAUAAAAUUGUUUUCUUUGUUCAUCUAUUCUCUCAACUUUUACAAAAUCGAUUACUAUAAUAUAUAUUAUAUAUAUAUAAAACAAUGAAAGAAAUUUAUUUGUGUUAAUACUGGCAUCAGAUGGGCCACAUAAUGGAGGGUGGUUGGCUGUGGUUUGGCUAUCCCUGGUUCAAAGGAUGGUGAUGAAAUGUCUUGCUGGCCUGAACUUGAAUAUAUUUUUCAGGCCAUUUAGGAAUAUGUGGGGAGCCAGGCAAGCAUCUUCGCAUGGUGUAUCAAGUCUCAGCUUCAGUUUUUUAUGACAUAACUUCUUAAUUUACAUUUUUCCUAUUAUGUUGUCCCACCUUUGUGAUAUAAAUUAAUUUUUUUCAGUAUUUAUUGAGACCUAUGGUUGUCAGAUGAAUGUCAAUGAUACUGAAAUAGCACAGAGUAUUUUGCUGCAAAAUGGUUUCAAGAAAGCUUCAAAUAUAACUGAGGUGAAGUGAUAAUAAUUAUGUGAUUACUCUAAAAUUAUAUAUAAUUACAAUAUCAUAUAUCAAAAAUUCUAUCUCACCAUUGUUUAUUCAAAUUGUAUUUAACACUAGAUGUGAUUGUUAAAUGGCAAUAGAAAUUUUGAUGAGGAAUGCGCACAAUUGUGUGUUUUAUCGAUAAAAGAGCUUUAGUUUAUUUUGAGAAAUUUUUUUUUUUUGGUUAAUCCAAAGUAAAAAAAUUAUAUAUUUAAAUGUGAAUAGUUCAUUCAGUUGUUAAAUUCAUUUGUCAUACCUGGUUAGGGUUGGAAUUCCCAUAAGGCCAACCUGGGCCAUGGCCUAGGGCAGGGGGUGGAGGGUGUAUAUACAGAAGAAUUAAGAAUCAAAAUAUUUUCAAAUUUGUCAGUAUUAUUUUGAAAUUAACAAGCAUAUACACUAAAUAAAUUGAUGGUUACAUUUGCGCUGACUUAUCUCUAUAGCGUGUGCUGUUUUGCACAGUCACAGGCAAAAAUCAGUUGCUAUUUCUCUCUCAUACAGUCAGUGUUAACCACAUCUUAAAGCAAUAUUUCAGAUUCGGUGUUACAAUAGUGACACAUAAUGAAAACGAUUUUGAUAAAGUUCUAUGUCAGAAGAGAAUCGAUGUAAAUCUUUUGCAUUUUAUGUCAGUUUUAUUUGCUGUUUUUUUGUAUCAAAUAGGCUAUCUGAAUAAUUUUAACUAACAAAAGAAUUGAUUCAUUGAUUAAAUACUUUUAUAGCGCUUGUAUCCAUGCUACUUUAGCAUGCUCAUAGUGCUCUAAUGUCCUAAAAUCUAUUUAAAGAAAAAGUCUCUAAAUGUUUCUUAAAGGAUUUUCUAAUCAUUUUCAAUUUCCCUAAAAGAUUGAGGCAAACUGUUCCAUAAUUUUGGUACUAUAGCUUCAAAAGAGUGCACACCAUAUGACUUCUUUCUGUAUCCUUCCACUUUGGGAACUCUCAAUAAGAACUGUAUUGAAGAGCACAGGUUCUUUGAGAAUACGUGUUUAGAAGUAAUCGUUGUGCUUCUUAUGGGUUAUAUAAGCUAUUUUUGUUUUGUAAAUUGUUUUUAACUCGGUAACUGUCAUAACAGCUUAUCAUCAGCCGUUAUGGCUGCUGUGGUGUUAACAGCCCAUAUAAUGGACCUCUAAGGAAUAUAAUAUUAUAAAUACAAAUCAAAAGUUUUACUCUUGUAAAUUAGAUUUACUACCCAUUUUAUUGAUAAAAUUAAGUAAAAUGUUCAUUUUUUUGAGGGGCUGAGGGUCGUCUAGCAGGGAGGGGGUGGGCAGAAGUAUGUCAUUUGGCACAGAAAUAUGUAAAUCUGGCCCUGCACCCAGUAAUUUUUGUGUGACUGAAUCUGAGCUUUUAGAAAAAGGCAUAAAUACAUUAUAUGACUAUAAUUGUAAGUAUUUGAAAUAUAAUUAAGAGCACCUAAAUAAAUACAUACAAGAAAAAGCAUUAUACAAUUUGAAAUCUAGAACCAAAAAAUGUGUAUUAGAACAUUUGCUAAAUAAAAAAAUUAUAUCUAAUUUAUAAAUUAAAUAAAUGAAACACUUAUUAAAGUAAUAAGAUAAACUGACUGAUAUAACAUAACAAAUUAUACAUCAUAGGCUGAUGUGGUGCUGUUAGUUACUUGUGCAAUACGUGAAGGUGCAGAAGAGAAAAUUUGGACUAGAUUGCAAAACCUCAAAGGAAUAAAAGUGAAGAGAGGCAGGAAGCACCCACUGAAGUUAGGGAUCUUAGGUAAGAGGAAAAGUCUGUAUACAAUUUUUUAGCUUAUUAAAUAAUUACUUUGCAGCACUUAAUGAAUACAAAUUGACAUACCUUCUGCCAACAUUUUUUACGGAAUGCUUGAUAAUAUUGUCUCAAUGGUUAAUAUAGAAGGUUGAAGAAAGUCUGUGAUGAUAUUCUUGGUAAUGAAUAUCUGAAAAUAAGUAGCUUAGUAGUCAGAAUUUUUUGUGUGAAAAAGAUUCAAUCAAUUUUUAUUCCAACUGUUUCACCUGCUUUUAUUAUAUAUUGCACUCCACACCUUUGAAAUUUAAGUUUCAUUAUAAAAUAUCAUCUAGUGGCACUGAUUAAUUAUAAAUAGAUAGUAAUUUGUGACAUAUUGACCAUUUUACAUUUAAUUGGUGUUAACGUUUUUUUGUCUGAUAUUAGACAUUUUUUAAAGUGUUAUUUUUUAGUGAAAAUUACAAUUUUGACAAAAUUAAUAAGCAUUCAAAAUGCUAAAUGGAUCUUAAAAAAGGAAAAUAACUUCUGAUACCAGUUGCGCCAUGUUUUCUAAGAACACUCCAUAAAAUGUCAUCUCAACUUUUGGCCCAUUUUUUACCACCAUUUCAGGUUGUAUGGCUGAGCGUCUAAAGCACAAAAUUUUAGAAAAAGAAAAAAUGGUAGACAUAGUUUGUGGCCCCGAUGCCUACAGAGACUUACCUCGAUUGCUGACUGAGGUUUACACUUCAGAUGCAGCUGCAGGUAUAUUUCUUAUAACUAUUUUUAGCAUGAAACCAGGAAACAGGUUAUUCAUUCAGUUUGAUUAGGAAACUCAGAUUACCUAUAAUUUCUGAUUUCCUUAUAAACUGUUAAGACCUUUCAUCUUUAAGGAUAUGGAAUAAAUAAACAUCUUUUUACUAAAAAAUCUCAAAACUUAAAAACUUAUUUUCUCAAAGCAAAUUGGCUGUCUCUUUAUGGGUCCCAUAAAAUUUUAAACUAAUAAAUUAAUAACAAAUUUGAAAUUGUUACAAACUUAGCCAAACUUUCUCAUGAGUUUUGCUCUUUACUUUUAAAAUGUGUAUUGAGUACCUUAUUUCAAUUUAUUUAUAUUUUUUCUCCAAGUGAAUGUUCAACUAUCUUUGGAAGAGACGUACGCAGAUGUUGUGCCAGUGCGUCUUAACUCAGACAGUCCUUCAGCUUUUGUGUAAGUGAUGGGCAUGAAAAAUAUUUGAUUUUAGUUUCUAAAAUGAUAAACUAUUGCUAAAAUCUAAAGGAAUCCUAUCUUUGUGCUUAAAUUUUGCUUGAUAUAAUUUAAAAAAUUUACCUGCAUUAUUAGCAGUUUCAUUUUUUGUACUAAAUCAGAUCAAUAAUGCGAGGCUGUGACAACAUGUGCACUUACUGCAUCGUACCUUUCACUCGUGGACGUGAAAGGAGUCGACCGAUUUCUUCAAUUGUAGAAGAGAUUAACAUCUUAUCUGAACAGGUCAUAAAGUGCUUAAAUAUAUUGUUUUCCCAUGACAUAUUUUUAUAGAUUUUCAAAAAAUAAUUAAAACAAAGAUCAGUUUAAGUUCAAAGACUUAAAUUGUUUCAUUUCUUUUUUAUAAACUGAUGAAAAGAUUGAAAAAAAAACAAAUUAGGUCAUGUCUUCAUCUCAUAUAUUUUUGUUUUGUGCAGGGGGUCAAAAAUGUAACUCUUUUAGGACAAAAUGUGAACAGUUACAGAGAUUUGUCAAUGGAAGCUGGUGAUCAAAACAGUGAGUCUACUCAACUUAGUACAGGUAAGAACCUACAUUAUAUUUGAUUCGUAGCUAUCUUUUGGCUAGGUAAUACUUGUCAGUGCCUGGUCAUGGACCGCAUCAAAUAACAACAAAACUAUGUAUAACAUGUUGAUUCGUUUUAUAAUGACCUUACUCUUUAGCAAUUAUUUUUUUUUUGCAAUAAAAGCUUUGUUUACUGUAAAAACGUAUUAAUAAUUGAUUAUAUAAAUAUAUUCAAAAAUUAUCUUCAGUUACACACAAUUUUAAUCCUCAAAUCACCAAAUUUCAAUAUAAUGUAAUUGUUUUCAUUGCUUGUUCAUUAGUCUCGUAAACUUAAUAGUCUGCUUAGUUAAAUUUUACACAGACAUAAAGCUGCAAGCAAUAAACAUGAAUGCAAUUAAAUGAAGAAAGUCGAUGAAAACAAGACAUAACUUUAAAAGCUGAAAGUAUUCUUUAUUAUGUUGGAACAAGGGGCAUUAAAAAUAUUCUUUCUUAUCAUAUCCAUACUCAGUCAUUGAAAUUUGAGUCACUGAGUUUUUUAGAUGAUGUGCUAGAUAUGGACUGUAAAAUUGUAUUUCAGGCAUUUAUCAACUUGAUUUGUAUUGACUUCCAGGAUUUAGCACUGUUUAUAAACCCAAGACUGGAGGGCUCAGAUUUGCAGCAUUGCUGAAAGCUGUAGCAGAAGUCAACCCAGAAAUGAGGAUCAGAUUCACUUCACCCCAUCCAAAAGAUUUUCCUGAUGAGGUAAUCAUAAACAGAGAAAUAAACUUACAACAGGAACCGUCAUUACAACAGGAACAUUAAUUUACAACAGGAACCGUCAAUACAACAGGAACAUUAAUUUACAACAGGAACCGUCAAUACAACAGGAACAUUAAUUUACAACAGGAACCGUCAAUACAACAGGAACCUUCAUUUCAACAGGAACCUUCAUUACAACAGGAACUGUCAUUACAACAGGAACCUUCAUUUCAACAGGAACCAUAAUUACAACAGGAAGCGUCAUUACAAGAGGAACCUUCAUUUCAACAGGAACCUUCAUUACAACAGUAACUGUCAUUACAACAGGAACCGUCAAUACAACAGGAACCGUCAUUACAACAGAAACAUUCAUUACAACAGGAACUGUCAUUACAACAGGAACUGUCAUUACAACAGGAACUGUCAUUACAACAGGAACCUUCAUUUCAACAGGAACCAUAAUUACAACAGGAAGCGUCAUUACAAGAGGAACCUUCAUUUCAACAGGAACCUUCAUUACAACAGGAACUGUCAUUACAACAGGAACCGUCAAUACAACAGGAACCGUCAUUACAACAGAAACAUUCAUUACAACAGGAACCGUCAUUAAAACAGGAACCUUCAUUACAACAGGAACCCUCAUUACAAUAGGAACAUUCAUUAAGCUGUCAAAGAUUUAUUUUGAACUAUAAUUUAAGAAAAACACAUUUUUAUUAUCAGGAGUCUGUUAGUAGUUGCAUAGAAGGAGUUUAAAAUUAUCAAAAAGUCAUUGACAUAGUUUUAGCCAUCAAAGUUAUUUUUAAGGCUUAGUUUGAGUAAUUGAGAUACAAUUCUACUAUACUAUAUAGAAUUAAAUUUAACUUCAGUCAUUUUAUAAUCAUGUGUCAGGUGCUGCAGACUAUGCUGAACUACCCCAACAUCUGCAAACAAAUUCAUCUUCCUGCUCAAAGUGGCAACUCCGAUGUUCUGGCUUCCAUGGGGAGGGGAUACACCAGAGAGGCAUAUCUGCUGUUGGUCCAACACAUCAGAAGUAUUUUGCCAGGUAAAUCUCUGGCUUCUCCUGUCAACUAACUUGCCAAACUUUUUUUUUUCUAAUGUGUUAGAAGCGUUAUCAAGUAAUAAUUGAAAUGUGUGUUUUUAUCUAAUGCUGUGAUUAUUCUCUUUGUGCUGUUCCAAGGUGUCAGCUUGUCCAGUGACUUCAUUGCUGGCUUCUGUGGUGAGACAGAGGAGGCUCACCAGGACACAUUGUCACUUAUCGACAUUGUCAAAUAUAAUUAUGCUUUCUGUUUUCCAUACAGCAUGAGACAGGUGAACAGUCUUGUCCCAGUUAGGCCUGGUGUCAGAAUGUCCCAGUUACUCCUGGUGUCAGAAUGUCCCAGUUAGGUCUGGUAUCAGAAUGUACCAGUUAGGCCUGGUGUCAGAAUGCUAUAUUUGCUUUGGUUAGGUUCAUAGUGAAUCUAUGUAACCCACAGACAGGAUAGCAAUUUUACUCAAGUUUUCAUUCUCAAGCAUAGCUGCCUUGCCUAUUGCAAAUUUUAACCCAAAUAAAAUGUUGUAGUUGUAUGUCCAUCAUGCAAAAUUUUUCACUUAAAAACAGACAUAAUGCUUUAAAAUUACUUAAAGCAUUAGGAGAAAUUAUUUUUAACAAAAUUAGUUUUUUGAGAUAACAUAAAAAAAUUGAGUAAUUUACAAUUUUUAAGAAUGUCUGAAAUUUCUUGCCACCUGAAUAAAAAUAUUGACCAAUUUAAAAACUAAAACAGAAAUUUCCAUGACCAUUUUAGAAAACAAAAGCCUAUCAUCGUUUACAAGAUAAUGUUCCAAAAGAUGUGAAAAGUAGAAGACACCUUGAACUGUUUGACAGAUACCGUGUGCAUGCUGACAUCCGCCACAAGAGUCUGAUUGGUGAAAAACAGUUGGUCUUAGUGGAAGGGGUAAGUGUCUCAUUGGUAAAAAACAGUUGGUCUUAUUUGAGGGGGUAAGUGUCUGAAUGGUCAGAAACAGUUGGUCUUAUUUGAGGGGGUAAGUGUCGGAUUGGUAAAAAACAAUUGGUUUUAUUUGAGGGGGUAAGUGUAAGAUUGGUCAGAAACAGUUGGUCUUUUUUGAGGGGGUAAGUUUCUGAUUGGUCAGAAACAGUUGGUCUUAUUUGAAGGGGUAAAUGUCAGAUUGGUCAGAAACAGUUGGUUUUAUUUGAGGGGGUAAGUUUCUGAUUGGUCAGAAACAGUUGGUUUCAUUUGAUGGGGUAAUUUUCUGAUUGGUCAGAAACAGUUGGUUUUAUUUGAGGGGGUAAGUGUCGGAUUUAAUUUGCUAUUGAUUAUUUAACUAACAGGAGGAACAGAGCCUCCAGAAUAAAAAAUAGAUAGAAACUCGAAGUAGAGAGCUAGCAAUUUUAGUUUUAAUUAUAUUUUUUUCAAUUUUGCAUUUUUAUGUUUCUUCCUCCAGGAAAGCAGGAAAUCAUCCCUAGAUUUAUCAGGACUUAAUGAUGCCAACACAAGAGUUGUGUUUCCUAGCAUCCCUCUCGGCUCAGAAAACCUGCACCCCCAGCCAGGAGAUUAUGUAGUAGUAGAGGUAAAAUUUCUUUGGUUAAUAAUUAUUAAGAUUUGUUGUAGAGAAUCUUUUCAUUUUUUUUUCUCUUUUCUUUGUUUCUUAAUUAUAAUUUAACUUUUAUUAUUUUAAUGUUUCCAGUUGUGUGUGAGUGGAUUAGAGAUUGUGUGCAAGGGUUUAAGGAUGACAAUGAGUUUAUUUGUUUUCAUUUUAUAUAAACUAAAUAGCUUCACAUGAACCUAGCAGAUAUAAAAGAUAUUUCAAAAAGGGAGAUUCCAUCAACUAAGGUUUCAUCUUGGUGUAAAUUUUAAAAUAUUUUCUUUUCUACAGAUCACAUCCGGGUCGUCAUUAACCUUACAAGGGAAGGCACUCUACAAAACAACACUUACUGAGUUUUCUAAGAGUUUGCUGCAUGAACCUCGUGUUGAAUAUGUUCAAAGAAAUUUGUAGCUCUAAAUAAAUAAAUCAAAGAUUGAGAAACUCCGUGAUGUUGGACUGUUCAACUUUGUGGUGAUCCCAAUGCCUAUAAUAUUUAAAUGUUGUGUUUGGUAAAUAACCACCAAACAUAUUCUUUAUUCACUCCCUGUUCAAAAAUAUUUUGUGGUCUACAUUCUUACACUAAUGUUAUAUCAGGGUCGGUAGAACAAUUCAACAUGACUGAAAGCAAAUGUUCAUUGAUAAAUUCAAACUACAAACAUAAUGUUUUGCAUUCCACAGUAGACCUAAACCAUUUCUGUCAACAUAUAUGUUGACUUGUUCUAUCAGAAAGUUUGAUCUUAUCAAAGCAGUAAUGAACAUUUUGUGUUUAAGAUGAGUACAGAUUCUGAAAAUGAAGAAACAUUUGCAUCUUGUUUUCCUAAAACCUGUUUUUUGGAUAAGUGGAACAAACAUGAUCCUGCAGAAAUGAUUGGUUGUUGAUAACUUCCACUAUUAAUGUGUGAUGUCACAGCUCUGGAACAAACCUUUUAACGCCCUGGUUCUGAAUUCUAUUCUUGUGGUAAGUUAACAUAAAGCUAAGCCUGCCAAAAAUCUAAGUGAGAUUUGUAUUUAACAGGUCGCUAGCACUCGUGUAUAAUAAUUAUUUUGUGAUCUGUCAGGAAGUAUUAUAACAUUCUCAAACAUAAUAUCUCAAAUCAUGUGAAUAAGUUACAUGUUCUUUAUAAAUGAUCUGUUCUGUUAAUAUAAAAAUGUUAAUUUAUACUUUGAAAUCUACAAAUAUAUGAGUGUUCUUUUAUGCCCAUUAAGGUAUUGAUUUACUUGACAGAUUAAAUGGAAAAAAUUAAGGAAACAUUUUUUUAUUAGCUGAAGGCAAACUAUGAGGGUAGUGUUUGUUUUGUAGAUAACAUUGCCUAAAGUAAUUCUGGCAUCUUGCAAAUUAAAAUAGAUUGUGCAAAUAGUGAGUACCGGUACCG